CGACCGCCGUAAAGCCAAAGAAGAAGAAAAAGAAGAAGAAGAAGAAGAAGAAGAAGAUUGUGUUGUUCGCUCCCGUUUUUGAAAUAUUUGUCGUUAAUGCUGAGUACUUCUUACGGAGCAUGCUGAACCGCUGCGUUGUGCUGGCCUGCCCCAGCGGCAAAACAGACUCCCAGCCCGUGUUCCGGUUCCCUCAUGACCCAGAAAGGUCCAGGAGGUGGGCUGAAAAAUGCCAAAGUGACAAACUCAUUGACAAAUCACCUGAGCAGUUGUACAGAUACUACAGGAUCUGCAAAAAACAUUUUGAGACCUCUGCGUUUGAUGGUGAUGCCGAUGAUGCGGUCUUGAAGCCAGACGCUGUACCGACUGUUUUUGAUACAUCAACUCCAUCUCAAAGCAGCCAGCUGAAGCGCAGCAAAGACACGACUAAAGAGAAUGAAGAGGAGAAAAGAGGGAAGAAAAAGGUGAAAACAUUUCAUGCAAAGGCGGUUAUGGAAGAGGAAGAGCAGACGGUUGUGGAAAAAGAUCCGAUCAUAACGCAUCUGGAGCUUCUGCUUGAAAUCCUGUUACUCUGCGGACAGCAGGGCAUUUCACCGACCGCCUCUACUGGUAAAACUGACGAUGACUUGAAGUCAAACAACUUCAAUUCAUUUCUAAAACACCGCCUGAACUAUGGAGAGCAGGAGCAGCAUGACGAGUCAAAAACCUUCUGCAGCUCUAAAGAGCUGAAUCAGCUGAUUGAUGUGUGUGAGAAGUACCUGCGCGGUCAGGUGAUCGAGGAGGUGAAGCAGAACGGGCUUUUCUCCUUGAUUACUGACGAUCCGGUGAAGAUCUCUGGAGAGUGGUGCCUUCCUGUUUUUGUCCGUUACGUCCACCAAUCUGCUGGCCAGCGGGAGACGUUUGUGGGAUUCUUGAACUUUAAAGGAGACAAAGACACGAUGGUGGACAAGAUGCUGUCAGAAAUCACUGACCAAUGGGGUUUAAAUCUGGAACGGUGUAUCGGUCAGGCUCACUCUUGCUCAGGGACACACUUCCAUCAAAUUAAAAUGUUCUCUGAAAAACUGAAGGAGAGACAUCCCAGAGCAGUUGUAGCCUUCAGAUCCACGUGUGGCUUGAACAUGUCGCUGGCUAAAAGCAUGUCCCUGCCGGGUGUCGGCCUUGUCCUGUCCACCUUGGAGAAGAUCGAGUCUUUCUUCUGUCAGUCGCCGUUACUGCAGGUGGAGUUUGAACAAGUUCUUUCCAUGUUCUACCCAAACAAAGAUAAAGCCAACGAGCUGAAGGAGAUCUGCAGAGGUAGCUGGAUGAGAGGAGACGAUGCAUUUGAGGUGGUGUUGGAAAUAAUCGAGCCGCUGCUGCUUUGUGUGGACAGUGUGCACGACAACGAGGACAUGAGGUGGAACGACCAGGCCACGCACAAUGCCCUGGAGAUCUCCAAAGCAGUAACUGACUUUGAGUUCAUCAUGACGCUGAUAGUGCUGAAGAAUGUCUUGACAGUGACUCGGGCUUUUGGGAAAAGCCUUCAAGGGAGUUCAAUGGAUGCUUACUUGGCUGCAGACAAUUUGAAAGGCGUGGUUCAGACCUUAAAGGAAAUGUUGGACAACAUAGAUGUCUAUAAUGACUGUUGGACAAACGAGGCCCUCACACUGGCCUCCACGAUGGAGAUCCCGGUCAGGGUUCCCCGGACUUUCCUGAGGAAGCACCUGCCCGACUCCAGAGUCAUUCAAAUGCACAAAUACUUCAAGGAACAGCUGUCCGUUCCUAUUGUUAACCACAUCAUCAGUGAAAUGACCCGACUCUUCUGUGAGGACCACAUCAAGAUUCUGAGAUGUUUGUCUCUGAUCCCCACGGUCAUAGAGCAGUGCAAGUCCUCACAACCCGAAGAGGAGAACUUCCAGAUGUUUAGCAACGACAUCCCCAACGCGGGCACGCUGUCUGCCGAGCUGCACUGCUGGUGGGUCAAAUGGAGCAAGAAGAACAAAGAGCCGUCUCCUUCCAGCUUACAUGAAACUCUUCAGCUGCCAGAUGUCAAGUUCUUCCCCAACAUGCUGGCGGUUCUGAGGUUUGUCAGCAUUCUGCCCACCCUGCCCCUGGAGGACCGCUAUGAUGUUGCUUUCAAACGCUUCAGGAUCUACAUGGAGAACACGCCUGACAAACUAAAAUCCAAGAGUCUGGCGUUUUUGAACAUUAGCUUUGAUGCUGGCUUUGAUCUGGAUUCAGUGGUUGACUUGUACAUGAAAACCUACAGUGACAAACAGGACUAGUCAUGGUCUCUCAAAUGAUGAAUAGAGUUUCUACCCCUCGAGUCUAAAUAGUGUUUUUACAGUUUUCUUCAUUUAUGAGGUGUAAAUAAACCUUACUGUGAUGUGUAAGUGAAAAAGGUUUCUACAUCAUUUUUGUCGUGAUUCUGAUGUUCUAAAAUGUAAAACUUUGAUCUGUUCAAUUAAAAAGAAUGAAAUGUCUUAA